AUGGGUGUGGUCUCGCAAGUCUUGGCCAUCAUCUGGAAAGACGUGUACGUGCAGAAGAUCAAGCGGCACUACUUCAUCACCGCUGCCGAGAUCCUUCUUGUCGUCGUGUGCUUCCUCUUCGUGGAGAAGGACCGUCCCAUCCUGGACGCCCCUCCGGGUUGUGCCGGCAAUGUGUCCUGCCUGCGCCUCGCCAAACCCCAGGUCUACCCGGAACGCAGCCUCGCAGACUUCCGGGGACCGCAGAUGGUGCUAUACACCCCGGUAGGUGGCGCAGCCGAAGUCCUGAUCAAAACCGCCUUCGCCUCCACCAGCACAACGCUGCGAGGUUUCGCGAACGUCCCAGACCUGCUCAUUCAUUUCCGAAACAUUUCCACCGUUCCCAAACGAGGACCCCAGCAAAACGUCGUCACGGUCCGGUUUUUCAACGCCUCCAACCGCCGCCCAGACGACCUCACCUUUAACGUCGGCUUCUACGAAGACCCCGCCUACCUCUCGCGGCGACACAAGGGCUACGGGGUCUUUAAGCCCCUUCCGGACAGCAUGACUCAGCGGUCUUCGAUAGCCUACUGCCAGCUCGCACUAGCGCGAGCCCAUCUAGACAACGUACGAAGGCUGAAGGGCUCCUCUGAGCGCGCGUACAGCAUCGCAACCAGGAGGAUCCCUGAGGGACCGUACCCUCUGGACGCACCAAGCAGGAGAGGCCUGAUGCCUCUGCGGAUCGGCAUGGGGUUUGCCGUACCCUUCUGCAUCCUGGUGGGAAGACUAGUGGACGAGACGCAGAACGGGAUGCGCGAGAAGCUCCGUCUGGUGGGGCUAAAAAACGGUGUCUACUGGCUGGGGCACUUUCUGGCGGCCAUGGUGACCGGCGUGCUCAGCUGUGUCUCCGUCAUCGUCUACAUGCUAGCGAUUAAGAACCAUAAGGGCCAGGAGACGCAGAGCUUUCUGAGUGACAUCAACGUCCUGGUACCGGCCAUCUGCUUCCUCAUCUUCUGCGGGCAGUAUAUCACGAACGCGAUGCUGGUCUCUCUCUUCUUCUCGGAUCCUAGCGCUGCUGUGGUGUUCGCGUUGUUGUACUGGCUGUCGGCCUUUCUCGUGCCUUGGUACACGCUCGAGGAUCUGCUCAAGGGUCGGUCGGCGCACUACAUCCUACUGGGUCGCCCGACCAAGCUGAUUACCUCUGUACUUCCGUGCAUGGGGCUGCAUUGGUGCUUCAGGAUCAUGGGCUGCGCCAACUUGGUCGGCGAACACUACUCCUUGAGCUCCGUGGCGACCCCCGUUCUGGAGCUGGACAACGUGACCAUGCUCGACAUCUGGAUGGUGAUGCUCGCACGGAUCGCCUUUGUCUACCUUCUAAUUUGGUACUUCGGCAACGUGCUCCCCUGGGUUGUCGGGGUACCCCUGGCGCCCUGGUACCCGUUUACCUUACGAUACUGGUUCCCAGGACGGCAGGGAGCCUUUACGUUCAUUCCGCCCAAAAUUCCGGAUGGAGUGCACUUUGAGCCGUACAAGACAGACGCCGAGGGAGCCGUGUUCGUGAAUAGGCUCGACGCCGACCGCAGUCAGAGGUCGGUGCUGCACGACACCAACUUCAAAGCCUUCACAGGCGAGAUCAUGACGAUCCUUGGGCCCAACGGAUCCGGCAAGACGACGCUGUUGAACAUCAUGUCUGGUAACCUGGUUCCGAGUGGCGGACAAGUCAUCGUGAACGGAUACGACAUGCACGUGCAAACGGCCAGGGCCCGCUCGGAGCUCUGCAUGGUGAAGCAGACGGACGUGCUCUUUGCCGACCUCACAGUCCAGGAGCAUUUGCGGUUCUUCGGUUACAUCGGCGGACUCUCCAACGACGCCCUGCGCACCAGGAUCGUGGAGGUGGAGGGCCUGUUCAAGCUCUCGGACGUGUCCGGUAUCACGUCUUUGUGGCUGACGAAGGUGCAGAAGAGACAGCUUGACCUCGCCAUUGCGAUGGUCACCUGCCCGAAGGUCUUGCUUUUAGAUGAACCAGCCGUCGGCAUGGACGCAGUGUCCCGCGUCACCGUCUGGGAGGAGCUGAUCCGCAUCAAGAAGGACACGUGCAUCAUCAUAAGUACCACGGACGUGGACGAGGUGGAGGCCCUUAGCGACAGGGUCGCCAUCUUGGGCUACGGAGGUCAGAAGUGUUACGGCACGCUGGCUUUCAUCCGCCGGCGCUACGGGUCCGGCUACAACGUCCGCAUCCAGAAGGGUCCCAAGUUCCAGGCGAAGCUCCUGAUGUCCACCGUGAAGCAGAAGGUCCCCGAUGCCUACGUUCUUCAAAGCCACACGGACUUUAUCAUCUUGGGUCUCGGCGAACGUACCGGGUACGCUCCCAUUGCGACUGUGCUCAGGGAAUUCGAACUCAACGGACAGAAACUGGGCAUCGCCUCCUUCAGGGUGAGCGUGAUCACCAUGGAAGACAUCUUCAUGCGCGUCGUCCUUGAGGUGGAUACCGGCGCCGUUGAGGCCGGAAAAUCGGCAGCCAUGUCCAGGUCAAUCAAACGGCAACGGGAAAUGAAGCAGACCGCAGCUGCUGAACUCAUCGAUCAAUCCGAAGACAACCUGGUCAUCGCCACGGAGAAAAUCACCGGUAUUAGUCACAUAAUGGAAGAACAGUACGAGUCAUCGGUUCAGAUCGAAGCCCACGUGAAAGCAAUGUGCGACUUGAGAACCGGGAAGCCUAACAACCGCCAGAUCUUUCUGGCACUGCUUCAGAAGCGGCGAAGCUACAUGCUGCAGUACAUGGCACUACCGGUUACCUGCUGGAUCGUCCCCACAGUGUUGCUCUUGGUCCUGUGCAAAACGGAGGAGUCGUCGAGACGUCAACUAGAGGUUAACCUGGCGGCUGAUGCUCUGCCCCACAACCUUCACUUUGUUCAUCCGGAAGGCGACGUAUUCUUGGAGCACGACAAAAAGUCCACAGCGGCCGCGGGGGCAUUCCGGCUCUAUGUAAAACCGGAAGGACACAAUCUCAAGGAAUUCUCAAACUUGUCCAGCUUUCUGGAAGAGCUGAAGACCAAACGGACUCAAGAUGAUCGCUACUUGAUCGGUGCCCAGUUUUCUUCCGGCCAGACCGACGAGUCGAAAGGCAAGGCUGUGGCCUGGUACGAUGGGGACGUGUACCACACGCAGUCGGUGUCCCUCACCGCAGUGUCUACAGCACUGCUCCGUCUGGUGUCGGGAGAUUCCAAAGCGUCCCUUCUGUCUGUCCAGAAGCCUCUUAGGCACGGCUACACGAUCAUCACUUCCCGGCGUUUGUCUAGCAUAAACGUCACCACGGAACUGGCGGCGCUGCUGUCCGGAAGGACAAUUCUUCUGGUCCUUCUGCCACUCGCGAUGUCGGUGAACGUGGCGGCCUUCGUACUGUUCCCAAUCGACGACCGAGUGAGCAACUCCAAGAAGAUGCAACUCAUCUCAGGGGUGUCGCCGCUGCUCUAUUGGCUCUCGAACUACACCUGGGACAUGAUGAUGGGUCUGGUGUCCAUUGUCUGCAUGUUCAUCCCGGUCCUGUUCUGUCACAGCACGUUCGCUUCGACCGCGCCGAUCGUGCUGGGGCUGUACAUCGUCUACGUCCACUGCAGCCUGCCCUUCGUGUACUUCUUUUCGUUUGUUGCGGAUUCAAUGACUUCGGGCUUCGUUGUGGUGAACGCCAUAUGGACCUUUGCAGGGAUACUGACUGCAAUGGCCUACCAGAUAUUUCUGAUCAACACGGAGCAAGGCACAGAACUCCUUAAGGACCACAUGCCUUGGGACCCGUACCUGAUCCUACUCUACCCGCUGCCACCCUUCAGCGGAAACUGGGCCCUGGCCAAGAUGGUCCAGCUGGCCGCGGAGAACGACUAUUGCACCGAGAGCAGCGCAUCAGAGCUCUACGACAUCUGCGCCCAUCUCAAGAACAGCGCCGACUCGGGGGCGGUACUGCUUACCGGCCUACGCUACUGUUGCGCCACCUUCUUCGCGCUGGACCAGAAGGCCGUGCUCACUCUGAGCCCCCUCUCUUUCCACAGAGAUUCCAUGCUAUUCGAGCUACUGGUCAUGGUAAUCGAAGGAACCGUUUUACUCGUACUGCUAGCCCUGUUCGAAAAGGGAACCAUGCAAGGCUGGUGGGCAUUGAAGAGAGUUACUCAAGGCACUACUCAAGCGCCUCCGGUCAUGAGUCCAGACGUGGCCGAAGAGAAGGCGGCCGUCGAGAAGGUCAUUGAGGGACAUGAUCUGACCAAGCCCGCGCUCCUGGUCAUCGAUCUCAAGAAGACCACGGGCUCCAAGGAGGUCGUCAGAGGGGUGACCUUUGCCGUGGAACCCGGCGACUGCUUCGGAGUGAUGGGACUUAAGGGCUGCGGCAAGACCACCAUGCUGGACGUUCUGGCCGGGUUGACCCCUGCUUCUGGGGGAACUGCCCUCAUCGGCGGCGUGGACCUCACCACCGUCGCGGCGUGGCGUGAGCGGAUCGGGUUGUGUCCGUCGCACGACAGUGUGCUCGGGAGGCUCACGGUGCGUCAGACGCUCGUGCUAUACGCCAACAUCCGGGGCAUCACGCGUAAGAACGCAGACGUGCUGCUGGACAACCUGAUCGACCUCCUCAACUUGCGAGUGGUUAUAGAUGACACCAUCGAUAAGUGCAGUACCGUCACUCGACGCAAGCUGGCGGUGGGCAUUGCCAUCAUCGGCCUGCCGCCCGUGGUACUGCUGGACGAUCCAGCGACAGGUCUGGACAUGAUGGCCAAGAGGAAGAUCUACAGGACCAUCCUCCUCAUCAGGCAGCUGGUCAAGUCCGCAGUGGUGGUGGCCACGCACAGCGUAGGCGACUGCGUCAUCAUGUCCGAAAAGAUGGCCGUCAUGUUCAACGGCCAGUUCCAGUGCAUCGGCAACAUCAAGCUCCUACGGGCCAGGCUGUGUCGGGGCUUCGUGCUUCUGGUCAGGCUGAGGCCCGACGCGCCCAGGACGCGUGCCACCAUGCAGACCAUCGAAUCCACGACGAAAAAGACGUUCCCCAGGGCGACCUUCGUCGGCCGACUGGGUACCGAGGUAGAGUUCGACCUGGAGGUCUCCGAGCCGUGGAGCGAGAUCGUGCGCAAGAUCCACGAGCUGAGGCAGCAGCUGGAGCCACUAUCCCAGAACUGUCUGGUCAGCGAGGUCACCCUGGAGCACGCACUGCUCAAGCUGGCCAAGUUCCAGGCGCCCAAGCGGACCGUCGUCGGCUGUUAA